AUGGGUGUUUUCCAGGACGUGGCGGGCCCUGCCCUGCAGCAGUAUCAGCAGCUUGGCUUUGGCUCCCAGAUCGGUGUCGCGGUUGUCGGAUCUCUGGUGCUCAUUGUCGUGCUCAAUGUUCUCAACCAGAUCCUUUUCCAGAACCCCAAUGAGCCGCCCAUGGUCUUCCACUGGUUCCCCCUCGUCGGCAGCACCAUCACGUACGGCAUGGACCCGCCCAAGUUCUUCAAGGACAAUCGCAAGAAGUACGGCGAUGUGUUCACCUUCGUUCUCCUCGGCAAGAAGACCACUGUCGCCCUCGGCACCCAGGGCAACGACUUCAUCCUCAACGGCAAGAUCCGCGACGUCAACGCCGAGGACAUCUACAACAAGUUGACUGGUCCCGUCUUCGGCAGCGAUGUCGUGUACGACUGCCCCAACGCCAAGCUCAUGGAGCAGAAGAAGCGUCGCUUCCAAGUCGCUGACCGAUAUUCCCUUGGCCCUUCGCAGUUCAUGAAAGUUGCUCUGACUACUGAGGCCUUCCGCUCCUACGUCCCCAUCAUCUCGGACGAGGUUACCUCGUACAUCAAGCGCUGCCCCGACUUCAAGGGAGAGUCGGGCAUCGUCGACAUCCCCGCCAAGAUGGCCGAGAUCACCAUUUUCACCGCCUCGCACGCUCUGCAGGGCAAGGAUAUCCGAGACAAGUUUGACGAGACUCUGGCCGAUCUGUACCACGACCUCGACAUGGGCUUCAGCGCCAUCAACUUCCAGCUGCACUGGGCCCCUCUCCCGUGGAACAACAGGCGAGACCACGCCCAGAGGACCGUUGCCAAGAUUUACAUGGACACCAUGGCUGAGCGCCGCGCUCGUGGCGACACUGGCAAGCAGGACAUGAUGACUCACCUCAUGAACGCCCAGUACAAGGACGGCAGACCUGUUCCCGACCACGAAAUUGCCCACAUGAUGAUUGCGCUGCUCAUGGCCGGCCAACACUCGUCCUCGUCAACCAGCGCCUGGAUCAUGCUGCGCCUGGCCUCGAGGCCUGACAUCAUGGAGAUGCUCUACCGGGAGCAGGUCGAGGCCCUCGGCGCCGACCUGCCGCCGCUGACCUAUGAGGAUCUUGCCAAGCUCCCCCUGAACCAGGCCAUCAUCAAGGAGACUCUCCGUCUUCACGCUCCUAUCCACUCGAUCAUGCGCGCCGUCAAGCAGCCGAUGCCCGUCCCUGGCACCAAAUAUGUCGUCCCCACCAACCACAUCCUCCUGUCCGCCCCGGGUGUGACCGCCAGCGACGAGCAGUACUUCCCUGAGCCUGACCUGUGGGAUCCUCGCCGCUGGGACAAGGAGUCGCCUCUUGCCCCGACUAUUGUGCGCAACGAGAUCAUCGAGGACGAUGAGAAGAUCGACUACGGCUACGGACUGGUGAGCAAGGGCUCGACCUCGCCAUACCUGCCUUUUGGUGCCGGCAGGCAUCGUUGCAUUGGCGAGCACUUUGCCAAUGCCCAGCUGCAAGUCAUUACCGCUGAGAUUGUACGGCAGUUCAAGUUUAGCAACGUCGACGGCAGCAACUCUGUCAUCGGCACCGACUAUGCUUCGCUCUUCUCUCGUCCUCUGUCACCUGCCAACAUCCGCUGGGAGAAGAGGUGA